UAUAUCACAUUUUAUAUGUGAACUGAGUGUCCCUCUUCACUCUCUCUGGCCAGGCAAUCCACAGCUUGGACUCACCUGGCCACGGCUGAGUCUAUGAGUGCUGAACUUAUUCCUUGGCUACUGUCACCAGCUGGGCACCUGGGCUUCCUGGUCUGCUCUGGCAGUGGGGAAGGCUGGCAGCCUGGGUCUGUGGGGGUCAAAUUAGUGCUGGGUGUAUCGAUUCUAUCAUUUCCAGUCAAAAUAUUUCUGAAUUUUUCUGUGAACAACUUUCACCUAGAAAGAAGCACACUUGAUCCUUUCCAGGGCCAUGCCUGACCUUGAAGAUUUCCCAUCAUCUCCUGAGAAGUGCUUUGCUGCACUCCUGGGAAGCAUCCUCUUGAUCUCUAAAGCCUCCAUGCUGGCUACGAUGGUUACUGUGAUUCUUGUUUUUCAAGAAAGAAAUGAAAAGGAGAAAGUGCUGGAAGACCUCAGGAAAGCUCACAUUACACAAAAUGUAAGCUCUUUACAGAAACUUUUGACAAAUGUGACUUCAGAAUACAUUUUUAAAAAUAAAAUGGAUCAGGAAAAAAUGGAUCUGGAACUGUUUUUUGAGAACAGAAGGCACGGAAAAGAUAAAAUCUUUGCAAAGCCUUUGGAAAAUGUAGGGAAAACUUGUGAAGUGUACUUGACCUGCUAUGGAGUAAAGUGUUAUUAUUUUAUCAUCGAUAAUAAAACCUGGGAGAAAUGUAAGCAGACUUGUCAAAAUCAAGGAUUAUCCCUUUUGAAGAUAGACGAUAAAGAUGAACUGGGCUUCCUUUUAUCCCAGAUUUAUCCAAAGAAGUACUGGAUUGGACUAUUUUUUGAUAUAAGGGAAAAGAGAUGGAAGUGGAUGGAUGCUGGCCGCUCUUCUGGAAUUACCAUUGCCAUAAUGAAUAAACUUCCUACGGGUGGAAAAUGUGCAAUUUUAACUCCAACAAUAAUAUCAAGUAUGUUCUGUGAUAACGCCUACUCUUGUGUCUGUGAAAAGAGAAUGGAUGCUACUUUCCCUGCCUCGGUGUGCAGGAAGGAAGAAAGGACUUAGUCUGAUACGGAAACAGAGAGAGAUAAGCCUGAAAAGAAAGAAAAUGUUCUUUUGGAACAUGAUUUAGAGAUCAAAAGCUAUUGCUCCUCCUGAAGAAGAGAAGAAGAAUUUGUCUUUAGGGAGCUGUUGUCUUUUUCUUCAAUAACCUUGAGGAAUUUUACUAUAUUCCUGAACCACCUUGAAGACCAAUUCACCUUCAUAAACAGUCUGCAUCUUUUCUUUAUCCAUAGAAAAUCCUUUAGAUAACAUGUAUAUUCAACAGCACAUUUAAGAACUAGAAUAGCUAGGCACGGUGUGCAUACGUGUAAUGCCAGCACUCGUAGAGGCUGAGCUACGAAGAUUCCAAGUGUAAGCCCAUGUUACCAAUUUAGGGAGACUAUACUGGAGAAUAAGAAAGGGUGAUGGAUGUGGCUCAGUACAAAUUCUCUGUUUUCAAUCUUUACAGCCAAAAAUGAAAGAAAAAAAGAAAAGACACACAAAAUAGAAUAUAAUUGCAUGUUUUUUUAUUAUUUCUAUAAAAUAUAAUUUCAACUUGCUGAAGAAUUGCAAGGGUAUUCAGGUAGCACCUAUGUAUCCUUAUCUGUACUUAUCAGUUGUGUGUAUUUUGCUACAGUGGUCAAAAUCAGAAAAGUUAGUAUUAAUACAGUGUUACGAUGUCAUCUAUAGUCCUUGUUCUAUCAUCCCAAUACUAUUGCUUAUAGAUCUUUUCCUCCAUGACAAGCACCAUGCAGUCCAUUUAGUUGUGAUGUAGGUUAGGGUCAUUUAGUCCAAAAUGGUUUUUCAGUCCUUGGUUUUCCUGAUAUUUUAAAGCCAAACUUUAUUGAGUUAUGUCAUGUGUGUAAUGAAGAGCACCUCUUGAAGACAUGAGGAAUAAGGAGUUAACAAACACAUACACCAUGUAUGCACUAUCAACGUGGUGCAUAGGACACUUCUAUCAUGCCAAGAGUUCCUUGUAGCCUCUUGCCAUAUAAUGCACUGUAUGCAAAUAGUGACAUGCUUUCUUUCACUAUAAACUAGUGAGUUUCGUGUAUGAUGUACUCCUUUGUACCUGGCUUUUUACUGAGCAUGUUUUUGAAAUUAAUGCUUUGUUUUUUCUUGUAUGAAUAAUUCAUUCCCUUUGAUAUAAAAUAUUAUUACAUUGUACAUUGUAUAAUACAAUUUUUAAAAUUCAUUUACAUGUAAACAUUUCAUAUGUUUUCAGUUUUGGUUUAUUUUUAUUAAUAAACUAUCCAUUUACA